UGUUAAAGAGAAUAUUUUUUGAUUUUUUAUCGUUGGCUGUAGGCUAUAUUAUGUGGUUUAUUUGAUAUUGAUAGAUUUUGUUUGUAUUUCCUCUGUAGGGAAGUGAUAUCCAUGUUAUCGUACCUCCCGUGUAUAGGCAGAGUUUUGAUUCGCUCUUUGUUGUUAAUGAUACUUACACUAUUGCAAACUUCCAAGUUCAGCUGAAUGAUCUGCUGUUCAAACCUUCAGCUCACAAGUACCUCCUUAAAUUUACUGGUGGGACCAAAGUUGGGGAUAGAAACGUGCAUCAGAUUCAGGAAAAGACUUACAGACUCACUCCUUUUCUUGAUAUUAUAACUAUAUAUGCUUUUUGGGACAAUCUCAACUUCUAUGUAGCACUCUACAUCUGAUCUCAACUUCAACCUGAUGCACGUUUUCCCAUUGUGUUUUACAGAUGUUAUCGGAGUGGUUGAUGAAAUUGGGUACAUACAGGCCCAGGUUGGAAGUAAAAAGCAACAGGUCAACUUUGUCAUUCGCAACUUGAGCAACAACACUAUAACGGUUAUGUUAUGGGAGGCGUACACGGUGCAGUUUAUCAACUACAUUGAACAGCAUAUCAAUACUGCCAUUCCGGUUGUGAUUCUGAUUCAAUAUGCAAAAGUCAAAGAAGCUUUUGGCAAAUAUCCACUAUCUGUUACCAACACUUACAAUGUCACCAAAGUGGCUAUUAAUGAAGACAUGGAGACAAUCAAACAAUUCGCCAAAAUGCUUACACAAGAUACUAUAAUGGCUGUCUCAGGCCUUCGCAGUCAGCAGUCUCAGGACAGGUUGCAAAACUCAUACACUUCUCGCCAAUCACCUUUCCAAAAAUUGUUGUCUAAUGUUGUUCUUCUUCCUCUUGAGCAAAUUGUUAAACUCAAAGAGACAAAUUUUUGUGCCACGGUUGCAACAAUUACGAAAAUAUUUGCGUCAAUAUAUGGCUGGUACUACCAGGCAUGCCAUGAAUGCCCAAAUAAAGUCACUGGUGAUAAACCUCCCUACAAGUGUACAAAAGGACAUGAAACGGAAACUGCCAUAUUCAGGUAUAAAAUAAGGGUGGAUGUUCUUCAUGCUGGUACAAAAUGCAAGUUUGUUUUGUGGGACAAGGAGAGUGAGGAACUAUUGGAAGUGUCGGUUGCUCAUAUGCGCGAAACAAUGUUUCAGGCUGGAAUAUUUGAUCCCCUCGAAUUUCCCCUGGCACUUGACAUGCUGGUUCUUACAUUUGGCAUUAUGUUAAAGUCUUGAAUUUGACAAAAAAACAUGCGUCUAUCCUCCGGACCAAGUGAAGAAGAUAAAAAGGAAAUUGUGGAUUUUUCAGAUUGGCUUUUAGAAAUAGGAGAGGGAAGAAUUUCCGAACCUAACGACGGUUAUGCUAACAUUGACAUACCGCCCGAACUGUUAAUUACAGACUUCGAUGACCCUAUUCUUGCCAUCGUCAAGAGUACAUAUCCAGAUUUCUUAACAAGUUACCAAUCGUGUGAUUAUCUCAAAAAUAGGGCCAUUCUUGCUUCCACUUUGGACAUUGUUGACAAAAUCAAUGACCAUGUCCUUGCCAUGAUGCCAGGGGAAAUACGAGAUUACUACAGCUCUAACUCAAUUGAUCGAUCAGAAAUCCAUGACAGCAACAUUCUUCAAGUCCUUAGCCCCGAAUUCCUCAGCUCUUUAAGAACUUUUGGCCUACCCAACCAUCACUUAAAGUUAAAGGUUGGAACACCAAUCGUGCUUAUGCGAAACAUUGAUAAAUCACAAGGUCUAUGUAAUGGGACGAGGCUUAUAGUAACUAAAAUGGCUGCUCAUGUGCUUGAGGCCAAAUUGAUGGGUGAUAACAAUAAUGGAAACGUUAUAUACAUCCUGCGAAUGGAUUUGUCCCCAUCUCAAUCUCCUUGGCCAUUCAAGUUAUCGAGACGUCAAUUUCCAGUUAUUGUAGCCUAUGCCAUGACUAUUAACAAAUCACAAGGCCAAUCGUUGGAUUGGGUUGGACUUUAUAUACCUCGGGAUGUUUUCACACAUGGACAAAUUUAUGUUGCCGUUUCACGAGUUACAACAAAAAAAUGUAUCAAGAUAUUGAUACAUGAUGAUAAAAACAUCCCAAAGCUUUCAACAUGUAAAGUUGUAUAAAAAGAAGUUUUUAAUAACAUUUAGACGGUACGUAUAUAUCUUUUUUCCAGAUUCUCUGUUCCGGAUGUAUGUGGCACAGAAUAAUAAGUUAUA